AUGUUUUUCCUUCCAGAGCGUGUCGUUGGCCGGUGGCGUCGUUGGUUGAUCCUGUGUUUCCCCCUGGUGAUUUCGUUCUUGCAACUUUCUCGGGUUCACUUCAGCGACCCUCACGGCAGCUCCCUAAAGGAGAGCUUCAUAGACAGCGGCUACGGCUUCUUCUCUUACGAGGUGAAUGACGAGAUAUGCAACAGCCCGGAAACCCCAGAGCUUGCUGCUGCUCCCUCUGCGGUGCUGCAGCAUGCUCACCAGUUGCUGCUAGAGCACAAGCAGCUCGCGCAAGUACUGCAGCAAGAACACGAUCAUAUCACCUUGUCUGAGCACUCCGUACACUGGGUGUUUCGCUUUGCCCAGCUGAGCCCUCAGCAGCGGGAAGAGUUUCUGCAAAAACUGCAGCAGCUUGAAACCUCACUGAGUAAUACAGACAUCCCCUCUUCUCCAUUUCAGCUGCGAGAAGCCAUCGAUCUGGAUUUAUCUCAUGAGCUCGCGACGGCCCUGAUCAUUUAUAUCAAAUGCAAGCAGAGAAACAGCAAGCAUGCAUUUGAUGAUGGACAGACGGGGGCCCCCCCAGCCACCGUUGCGUCCGAGGGGGCCCCCCAGGGGCCCCCUCAGAAGGCCCCUGAAGAAACCCAGCAAGAAGAAGAGCAUCAGGGGGCCCCCAAGAGAGCUUCUGAGGGGGCCCCAUCCCCAGGAAACCUUCUACAGUCUCUAGGGGUGAGGACGCAGAUGUUUCUGCCUAGCCGUUUCCUGGGUGACCCGCAGCGUAUAUGUUAUGACUUUGUGAUGGAUGAAAAGGAGAAAAAAGGAGAAAAAGAAAAAGAAAAAGAUAGAAUAUGUGCUCCUUCUCUUGAAACAGUGUUGCAGUUGAUGCCGUUGAGGCUGCAUCGGUGGUGGGGGCGUGUACGAUGGCAGUAUCAUAUGGCUGAGUAUCUGAGGAAAUUUUUAACAAUAUUUUUCCCUUUAAACCCCUAUAUGCAUACUCUUUAUAGACAAGAUAUGUAUGCAUUUCUUUCUCUUAUGAGCCCCUAUCUAGAACUAGAACCACCAGUACCCAUCGACCCCACCUGUAAACCACCACCAGAAUACUGGGUUAUACCCCUCACAAAGCAGCAAUGGGAGCAGCGACAGCAGCAAAAAAACAAAAGUAAUAAACACAAACAACAAAAUACUCAAAACACCUGCAGUGCUGCUGCAGCAGAACAAGGAUCGUGUCAGCAUCAGCAACAAAACCACCAACAACAGCAACAGCAACAGGAAAAACACCAGCAGCAGCAGCAGCAGCAGCAGCAGGAAGAGGAACAGCAGCAGCAGCAGCAGCAGCAGCAGGAAGAGGAACAGCAGCAGCAGGAGCAGCAGCAGCAGGAGCAGCAGACGCGUUCAUCUGUUUUUUCUAUUCCUGAUGAUCAUGAUAACUAUGUUCUCAUCGAUGACUACUGCAUGCAAGCCAAAGAAAUUCACAAAGGUUUCUUCACAGGAAAACCGAGAAAAAAACCAGUAAAAAUAGUUGAUGCUGUUAUUUUAGGGUGA